AUGUGGACAGACUCCACAGUCACAUUACAUUGGAUACAAAGUGACGCCAACAAAUGGACCACUUUUAUAUCCAACCGAGUUAGCCAAAUACAAUCAUUAGUUCCGAGAGCUGAAUGGCGACAUGUACGUUCUGCAGACAACCCUGCUGACCUGGCAUCCAGAGGAGCUUCUGGUGAUCAACUCGUAAAUGACCAUUUGUGGUGGCAUGGACCCAGCUGGCUGUCUGAAAAGGAUAAGUGGCCAGAUUUCAAUUCAAAAACUACAACGGCUUCAGAUGCAACUGAAGAGUUAAAACAUCUACCUACUAUCACUGUAUCACUGUUGAGCAAUAUUGAUCCAAUAGGGCAAGACCUAUUGAUGAAAUGCUCAAAUUACGAACGCCUCAACCGCAUCGCUGCUUACAUCUAUCGAUUCUGUUACAAUUGCAAAACACCAAGGCGGCUAUCAGGACAUAUUACUAUGCCAGAAUAUAAACAAGGAGUACUUUUCUGGAUCCGUAUCGCACAACUCUCUGUAUUUAGCGAUGAAAUGAAACGAAUCAAGUCAUCCAAACCAGUUGCGACUAAUAGUGUGUUAGCCUUGUCCUAG